CGAAAAGAAAGACAAGUUAUGUGACUUUAACAUUCACAUGUAUCUGAUUUUACUUAAAAUUCUUACUUUCAGGGUGAUGAUCACGUGACAGUCUUUGUUUUUGUUUAGGUAAAUUUCGAUCACCGCCAAGGACUUCGUUUGUUCGAGAACGCUGGGGAAUCGCCCAUGCAAACAACUUCCGGUGACAUUUGGGAUGAGAUCGAGGCUGUAAUAACGCCAUUUGGAAAGGACAAACAGGAAGCUGGUUCAGAUGCCGAGUUUUCGAUAAAAAUUCCAUCACGUUUCACCCUGGAACGCCAUUCAACAGACGCUAGACGAAGCUUGUUUACUGGGAAACGACUAGCAGACGACAAUACAGAGCUUGAAACUCCUGCAACGAAGAAAUCAAAAGGCGACCAUACGAUUUCAGAUCACAUCAUCGAGGCUGUUGAACGUUUAGAAUCACGUGAACAUGUAGCGGACGGAAGUCGUUGUUACACAUUACCCACAAUUCCCGGAAAACAUAGCGACCUUAAGUCCAUCUCACCAGAAACAAUGGCUGGCGUUGUGCAGGGGAAGUACACAAAACAGCUAGAAAACGUUACUAUUGUCGACUGCCGGUAUCCAUACGAAUUUCAGGGAGGUCAUAUCCGCGGAGCUGUAAACCUCUACACCAAGGACGCUGUUAAUACAUUGCUUCAAGAAACAUCGUCACCAGAGAAGCCACGUGUACUGCUCUUUCAUUGUGAGUUUUCGUCUGAAAGAGGUCCAAAAAUGUAUCGUUUCUUAAGAAGCCAUGAUCGUGAGCUGAACAAAGACAGGUACCCACAUCUAAAUUUUCCUGAAAUAUAUCUACUUGAUGGCGGCUACAAGGUGUUCUUCUACAAAUUUAAAGAGCUGUGUGAUCCAAUCAGCUACAAGCCCAUGUUACACGAGGACCAUGCAACCGAUUUACGUCAUUUCCGGGUAAAGUCUAAGUCUUGGACGGCUGGAGAGAAACAGAAGACGAGCAGACGAUCUAAAAGCAGACUUGCUUGUUACAACUUAGACUUUUAAGACCAAUAACUAAUUAUGUUGUUUAUUGUUAUUUGAUAUUUUAAUGUUAUUUGUUUUGUUGUACAUAUAAUUUAUUAGACGAAAUAUAAUUAUAAUUAUAAUG